AUGGUUGAGGUAGUCACUCUUAAGCCAGGAUAUAGACAAGAUCUCUCAUUUUUUAUGAAGAAAUUCCCUGAGACCGUGUUAAGUCAAGUUGGUAUGAGUACAUAUUGGUUGCAUCUUGACGUUGCUCCAUCAUUAUUUGUUCGCGGUACAGAUGGAAAUCGAUUGCCUUUCCUUUUAUCUAAUUUUGUUGUGGGUAAAAUUGCUUCAUGGGAUCUAGGGUCGAAGGAUAUUGACCUUCCCAUUCUUGAUGGUAGCUUUACUUAUAGUGGUAGUAAUGGAAGUAGUUAUCAUGUCGACGAAGAGGAGAGUAACGAAUCUUUAAUUAGGGUUCAUGAUUCUUAUGAUAACACAAAUGAUGGUCAUAUUUCACAUGUUAUUAUUAGGCAUGUGACUAAUGUUUAUGGUGAUGGUGAGUAUAGGGGAGGGUCAGAGCUUGAUGGAGCCAAAGGUUUCGAUUUCUUUCUUGGAGAAUUUGGCUUCUCUAGGGACUUGUGGUAUAUUGAUGUUGUUGAGGAGGUUUCGACAUUAAAGGCAACAAUGGCAUCUCUUGAGUUGGAAAAGACCGGGUUGUUGGAUAAGGUAGAUAUGUUAGAGUACAAUGUUCAGAAGCUGAAAAGUGACCUGAAUGAGUCUUCCCUACGGAAUACCGAUUUGAAAGAAAGUGUGGUGGGGAGGGCAGGGUAUGAGAUGAUGAACACUGAGUUUAAGAUAGGCCUUCAUGAAACUGGUCUUCCAUUAUAG